AUGGCUGCUGAGGUGACGGCGGCGGCGGGCUGGGUGCGGACCGGCGGGCGCGUGCCUCCUCGCUCGUGCUCCCUCCCUCGCGGCCUCCGCCAGUCCCGGCUCCGGACCUGGGAGGCUGGGGCUGGCGGCCGGAGCCGGGAACGAGCCCUGCCCGCGUCAAUCCCGGCGGGAACCCCGGCUGCGGAAGGCGGCUGUGGCCGGCGGGAGCCGAGGGGUAGGAAUGGAGCGCUGAGGAAGCGAGGCGCCAGCCCUAGCCGCUUCGCUGCCGCGGAGCCUGCUCGACCGAGAGGUCGCGGAGAGAAGCCAGAGACAGGCCAACGACCUGGCGAGAGAGAAGAUCUAGCUAUGUUACCCAAGCUGGAUUUGACCUCCUGGGCUCAAGGGAUCCUCCUACCUCAGCCUCCCGCAUAGCAGGGACUACAGCUGCACACCACUACCCAGCUCCCUUCUUCAUGUCUUAACUGUCCUUAUUAUCACAGUGAAUAAUGCCCAAUCUAUUAGUGAAUAAUGCCUAAUCUAUUAAGAGCCAUGUGAAAAACCUAAAUUCUUUCCAUUUGCAACCCUUUUGGUAUGGUCAAGUCGGUGGAUCUGGCUAUCAUACAAACUCAAAUCAAGUACUACAAAUUCAGAUUGGCUGAGCAGAUUCCAGCCAUUUUAAAAGCUUGUCUCUGCUGUAUCCUGUAUCUUUCUGCAUUUAGAUGUAACUUCACUGUGGGUGUCCUUACAGUAUAUAUUUUUAUGAGACAUCAAACUUACUAAGAGUACUUUAUAGCAUAGUAUUUAGGAACUUAGGGGUCAGAAUUAAGACAUUGUUACUAUGUCACCUUGAGAAUUUUGUUUAACUUCACAACACUUCAUUUGCCUGAUCAGUUAAAUAAUUAUGAUAAUACAAGACAUAGUAGCAUCACAGGGUUAUUAUGGGGCCUAAAUAGAUAAUGUAUAUAAAGUAUUUAUCACAGUGCCUGGUACAGAUGUUAGCUUCUGUUACUACUCUGAUUCUAGCCUCCCUAAUUCUCAUUCUUUUUUGGGGGUUGCAAGGGAGUUCACUGUGCUGUUUGCUAUAUUUCAAGCCUCAAAAGACAAUGAAGUUCCCAAAUGCUCUUCAAGGCAGAACAAAUAUAAAUAAUGAUUCUCACACCAAAUGUGUGCAAAGUUCAAAUAUUGCAUUAAUGGUGCUUUUUAUUGUGCAAAUGAUACAACUAACCCAUCAUGUUCUUUCUGUGUCAGGAAGAACAUGGAUGGGAACAGAAGGAUCUUUGAAAUCUUACCCUCUGUGUAGAUCAGUAUCUGUGAAUUUUUCUCUUGUUAGUACUGAUUUAUUUACUCUUUCUGGUGUAUCUGCUCUUUCCCUUAAAACCUUUAUGAUAAAAACAUAUAUUUGAAUGCCCA